AUGGACUCAGCACUCUCUUUGGUCUCCGUGCUGUCACUGUUGGCAUGUAGCCUCCAGGUGUUGGCUGCUGUCCUGCUGGCUGGCAGAUACAGUGGGCGGAGUUCUCCCAUGGACAGAUGGAUUCUGCUGUGGCUCUUCUAUGAUGUUAUCGUCCACCUGACUCUGGAAGGUCCAUUUGUUUACAUGUCUCUGGUUGGGACAGUAGAGACGUCGAAGGGUCCGCUGGCUGAGUUAUGGAAGGAAUACGGUAAAGCAGACAGCCGUUGGUUGGUUUCUGAUCCAACCAUCGUCUCUGUGGAGAUUCUCACUGUUGUUCUCGUCUCUCUGAUUGCUCUACUGCUGAUACACGCAAUACUCAACAACAAGUACUACAGGCACUUCCUGCAGGUCGCUCUAUGCGUGUGCGAGCUGUACGGAGGCUGGAUGACCUUCUGUCCAGAUUGGCUGCAGGGGAGUCCUCAUCUGGAGACGUCUAACCGGCUCUACCUGUGGAUCUACCUGCUCUUCUUUAACGGACUCUGGGUCCUGGUUCCGGUCCUGUUGCUGCUCCAGUCAUGGUUCGAUCUCAGAGAUUUGCAUGUGCUCAGAUCAGACACCACAGUCUCCAAGAAGAAGCAGCUGUAG